AUGGAGUUAAAGGACAUUCUCUUGUGGAUCCACGUCGUGCUACAGGUUUUCGGAGUGGUCGGCCAUGUUUUAUCGGUCAUGGUUCUGGCAGAGCGCACUCUGAGAUCGUCGACGUCUCUGUAUCUGACGAUGAUGUCGUUGUUUAAUUGUCUCUUCCUCGUUCUCAGCCUAUACCGCGACCUCGAUGGCGUGGAGUCGUCAGAUUUGACAGUUCCCAAGUCUGUAAUGAUCACCAUACUUUCUACAAUUGGAAUUUGUUCUAUUUACACAACUGUCGCCGUCACCAUAGAAAGAUACGUUGCUGUGGCCUAUCCAUUGAAGGCGCAUGCGCUAUGCACAGUUUCCUCGCUUCGCAACAUCGGUCAAGCGUCACUGGUGAAUUCCGGUUGUGCAUGUUGUCCAGAUUUCGUGCAAAUGGGUCAAAGUGAUAAAAGAAACCGAUUCUAG